UAAAUGUUCACAUGCUCUCCGCCCGUGAAUGAGUUGAGCUCAGAACAUGGCGGCACGAAAACUGUGAAAACUGUUACUACAACGGAACCUCAAACACAACCAAUGAAAUUAUCUCAUUUUGGUCCAGAAAAUAGGUGAAGCUCUGUGGGAUGUCUUUCUUUUAUCUCUGGAACACAUAAAACAGCAGCACAGAGGGCGUAUUAGGCUAAUAAAGUGAACCGGGACUCUUCUACUCCGGAGAAAAGGGCAGGGAAAACAAGGCUGACAUGAACGGGGACAUCUUAUGCAAUGGACAUUCUACACUCCCAAAUUACCUGCUCCAUUGCAACAGUAAAUCAUCACACGAGGAAGUAGUUAUCAUAGAGGGCAAGUCGCAAACGCAAGGAGAAUGUAUAGGUAGAAGGCAUGCUAUCGUGAGCCCUGACUCGGGUGGGAUCAACGAGCAUGAGCGUGAGGUGUGGCCAUGUGAAGGCGACAGGCUUCCACUACAGUCCUACCCCUCUGUGGAGGUGACGGCAGGUCAAUACGCUUCUCGUCCCUUCAACCACAGCAGAGGCCGCAAAAUGAAAGUCAAGAAAUUCUCCCAGAGAAGCGAAGAGAGAAAAAACUCCACAAAUCGCAAGGUCACAGAUUACUUUCCUGUAAGGAGAAGUUCCAGGAAAAGCAAGACUGAAUUGGAGUGUGAAGAAAAGAAACACAUAGAUGAACUAAUCUUGAAGGGGAUUGAGAAUGGCAUGACGGUUCAGCACAUAGAAGGCAAAGGACGAGGUGUCUUCGCAACACAAAACUUUCAGAAGGGGCAGUACGUGGUGGAGUACUAUGGCGACCUGUUACAAAUUACCGACGCCAAGAAAAGGGAAGCUAUGUACUCCCAGGACCCCUCCACUGGCUGCUACAUGUACUACUUUCAACACCUGAGUAAAACAUACUGUGUGGAUGCCACUAGUGAAUCUGGCAGAAUGGGAAGACUGAUCAACCACAGCAGAAAUGGCAACUGCCACACCAAACUUCACGAUAUCAACGGCAUACCUCACCUCAUCCUUGUAGCCUCCAGGGACAUCGACAAGGGCGAGGAGCUUCUUUAUGACUACGGUGACCGCAGAAAGUCCUCCAUCGCUGCUCACCCUUGGCUCAAACACUGAGGGGCCUAAAGGGAAUUCCCAACACCUGGUUUCUUAAUAGAGUUUUUAAUGUAAUUAUUGCCUUAGGGAUCAGAAUGUGUAGACGAUGGUGUGUUGGUGGGUAGUAGCAACUCACCUUUAGAUGAAGGUACAUAUUCAAAAUGUCCUACAUUAUUUCUUUUAAAAUAUUUAUCCUAUGCUCCUGAGACAUGCUAGUUUUUUUGGGGGACACAUUUCUUUUUGUACAUUUUAUAUAUGAGUAGAUCAGUGCUUCCAAAGCAUGCGGUGGUAGUGUUCUGUGUUUUUAUAAAGAUUUUCUUAAUCUAACCUGUAAUACAUGUUUAGCAAUAACAAUGUCUGGUGUCCAAACAUCAGUGAGACACAGAGAGAUGCAAGCAAACCCUUUUAACUGCUUCACACAAACUGGAAUGUCUUAUCCACCUGGAGAUGUGUGGCUCCUUUUGCUCUGUGUGUAGUGUCACAAAACCUGAGUAAAUCUUUAGCUCUUAACAUAGAACGCUGUUCUGUUCCAGAACCCUGCACCUUGUGAAAGUAUGUCAAUGAAUCUUUAUGCUGGUGUAGAGGGAUUAGUAAAUAAAUUGUUUUUAUGUAAGAUGCGUUUUGAGAUGAGAUGACUUUUCUGUCUUUAAUGAAAGAUAACCUUCAAGGAAAUACUUGACAAAAUAUGUAAUAAACCCCCUAUAUAGCA